CACGAACAAAACCCACGUGAGUUGUGUCAGCACGUGACAGUUCAGACCCGGAAUCAACAUGGCUGCAGCUGCACAACCUGUCUUCUGGCUGGGUAAAGACACCCUGAGGGUGUCUGCUGCCCUUUUUGCAGAGAACCGACGAGGACUGUGCAGAGGGCUGAGAGCUACAGACGGAUUGGUGCCAAAGUCAGUGGUGGUGCUGCAGGGUGGAGAGCAGACCCAGAGGUACUGCACUGACACAGACGUCCUUUUCAGACAGGAGUCCUUCUUCCACUGGGCCUUUGGAGUAACUGAGGCUGACUGUUACGGGGCCAUUGAUGUGGACUCUGGGAAAUCCAUCCUUUUCGUUCCCAAACUGCCUGACAGCUAUGCCACCUGGAUGGGAGAGAUCUUUACUAAAGAGCACUUCAAGGAGAAGUACGCUGUUGAUGAGGUGCAAUACACCUGUGAUAUUGUUGAUGUCCUGAACAAGCUGACACCAGCAGUGCUCCUAACACUGCGAGGAAAGAAUACAGAUAGUGGGAGCACCUGCCGUGAAGCCUCCUUUGAAGGAAUUAGUGGGUUCCAAGUGAACAACACUCUCUUACACCCAGUCAUUGUGGAAUGCCGUCUCAUUAAGAACGAUAUGGAGCUGGAGGUCCUCCGCUACACCAACAGGAUUUCCAGUGAAGCCCACAAAAUGAUCAUGAAGAAUGUAAAACCUGGACAGAAAGAAUAUGAAAUGGAGAGCCUGUUCCAGCACUACUGCUACACUAAAGGAGGGAUGCGUCACACCUCCUACACCUGUAUCUGUGGAACGGGCCAUAAUUCCUCCGUUCUCCACUACGGCCAUGCUGGGGCUCCCAAUGACAAGUUAAUCAUGGAUGGAGACAUGUGUUUGUUUGACAUGGGUGGAGAGUACUACUGCUACUCAUCAGACAUCACUUGCUCCUUCCCAGCCAACGGCAAGUUCACUCCAGACCAGAGGGCUAUCUACGAGGCCGUCCUCAAGUCCUCCAAAACUGUCAUGGCUGCCAUCAAACCAGGUGUAAAGUGGACUGACAUGCACCGUCUGGCUGACCGGGUUCACCUGGAGGAGCUGGUGAAGAUUGGCAUCCUGAAUGGCAGUGUGGAGGACAUGAUGAAGGUCUUCCUAGGCUCCAUCUUCAUGCCCCACGGACUGGGACACCUGCUGGGCAUUGAUGUGCACGACGUUGGAGGCUACCCUGAGGGGGUUGAGCGCAUCGAUGAGCCUGGACUGAGGAGUCUUCGAAUGGGCCGUCUGGUGCAGGAGAGGAUGGUCCUCACCGUGGAGCCCGGCAUAUACUUCAUCAACCACCUGCUGGACCAGGCCCUGGCCAAUCCCGCCCAGAGCUGCUUCAUCAACAACCAAGUGCUGGCUCGAUUCAGAGGCUUUGGAGGGGUUCGCAUUGAGGAUGACAUAGCAGUGACAGCAACUGGUAUGGAGCUGCUGACCUGCGUCCCUCGCACUGUGGAGGAGAUCGAGGCUUUCAUGGCCGACCCUGAAAAAAGCUUCAGCCCCGUCGUCUGAAGUGAAUGGCUCUGAAUGACAUUGCUCAUAACAUCUGAGCUGGUCAAUGAAACAAGUUAUUACUCUCAUAUCUCACUUGCAUAACAAACACAAUCAAGCUUAUAAUUAAAGGUACUAUAAGUAAGUGUUUUGGUUUAAAACAGUAGAAAAUGAAGUGCAAUUAUCAACAGAAUUUGAAGAAAUGUUUGAUGUUAUGUCGAAAGACUUUUUGUGUAUAAUGUCGCCGAAAGAUAUUCCCAGCUACCCAUUCUUUUUGAUACAAAAUCACCAUACAUCAAGAGGUGAUAGCAAAGCCAGACAAGUUGUAAGAACAUUCAACAAUUGUAAUGAAACCUUGAUAGAAGUGCUAGUAACAUUACAUGGCAGUUGAAUGACACAUAUCCUGACCCUCCCGAACAUUGCAGCCACUUUGUAACAGCCACAUGAGAAACAUUUCAAUCCAAUUGAGUUGCCACACUUACACAAGCAAAACCUUGUACAUCCAUUGUGUAACAUUUGAGGGGGAAAUAAAUUCAGCUGUUUAGAUGCCAAUUCAAAAACUUACAUGUAGCCCUUUAAGAAAUAAAAUCAACACAUGACAAGAUUUCUAACAAGCAAAAACAUGAACUUUCAUAUUGUAUCUUUAUAAUGUAGAUUUUUUUCAAUGGUCACUUUAAGGCAGUGGUAGGAACCUUUUUCCUAUCAGGGCCAUUUCACUUUUUAUAUCAUCCUUUGCAGCCAGGCUAAAUAGUUGAAUAAGAGCAGAUUGACCUUUCAUGCAAAGCUUUAACUGCUGCUCUUUGGCAAGUCUUCUGAUGUCAGAUGGUAGUGAUUACGCUACUCACGCUUAUACUUAGCCAGAACAAAUCCUCACCUUCAGAAGUGCCAUGUUUAGCUUUUCCUCCUCGGUUAUAUGAUCUGUACCCAGAAACAGAAUGAAAAGUGAAAGGGAAAGAAUGUCUUUUUUAAUAAUUCUUACUCUGUGCUUCUUUGUAAACAUUGAUUUGAGAUGUCAAAUUAAACAUUUUAAUUUGCAA